GUGACAAACAGCAAUGGCGGCAAGCACAAAAUGGGAAAACGAGUGGAGGAAACGACUAUGAGUCUCUUUAGCUAUUGAACACGGAUGCUGAAUAAUAUCACACUUGAUAUUAUAUUUAACGUGUUCCUGUCAGUGAUGUGAGGAGACGAGGAUGGUGACAGCAUUUGUUGAUGGCUGGGACUUUGUGCAGGUUCUGGGAGAGGGAGCGUACGGGGAGGUGAAACUUGCUGUCAACAAUGAGACCCAGGAAGCUGUUGCUGUGAAGAUCAUCAACCUGGAAAAGACCCCAACAGCAGAGGAGAAUGUGCGGAAGGAGGUCUGUGUCCAUCGGAUGUUGACUCACGAAGCCAUCAUCAAGUUCUACGGCUUCCGGAAGGAUGGCAAGAUCCAGUACCUGUUCCUGGAAUAUGCUUGUGGAGGGGAGCUGUUUGACAGAAUAGAACCUGAUGUCGGAAUGAGCCAGGCUGACGCCCAGCGGUACUUCCGUCAGCUGGUGGCAGGAGUGGAGUACCUCCACUCCCGCGGCGUCACCCAUCGAGACCUGAAGCCAGAGAACCUGCUGCUUGAUGAUGUUGAUAAGCUGAAGAUCUCGGACUUUGGCCUGGCGACGGUGUUCCGCUACCAGGGGCGGGUGAGGAUGCUGGAAAAGUGCUGCGGCACCGUCCCCUACGUCGCCCCGGAGGUACUGAGUCGCCGACCAUACAGCGCAGAGCCGGCCGACAUCUGGUCGUGUGCUGUCGUCCUGGUGGCGUUACUCGCAGGAGAGCUGCCGUGGGAUGAGCCGACGUACGGGUGUCAGGAGUACUGUGAUUGGAAGGACUGCAAGAUCACCCUCACGCCCUGGAACAAGAUCGACAAUCUGGCACUGUCGUUGCUACGGAAACUACUAGUGGAGAACGCCAGCAAGCGGUACAAGAUGGAACAGAUCAAGAAGCAUCAGUGGUUCACGAAGACCUUCUACAAGAGAGGACUAUCUCGCGUGGCGUCCGGCUCACCGACCGACUCCCCGUCCGGCCCCGGGGUGUUUAAGCGGAUGUGUUCCCGGGUGGACACCACCCCGCCUGGCUGUUCCCCAGGGGCUACGGUAUCCAGCAGUCAGCCCAUGGCCUAUCGGGCUGACUCACAAGGGGAGGUAACUGAGAGUGGCACUGGGGAGGACCACCUGAUGAGCUUCUCCCAGCCGGUACAGGCAGACAAGAUGCUGCUGAGUAGCCAGAUACAGGGCACACCGGGGUCGUCACAGACGCCCAUGCAGAAACUGGUGAGACGAAUGACGCGGUUCUUUGUGAAGACUUGCCGGGACGAGACACUGAGUGAGAUGUACAAGGUGUUCGACAGCCUCACCUACACCUGGAAGAAGAGCAGUCCCAGCAUGCUGACCGUGACAACCAAGGACAAGAGAAACAACCCCCUGGUGUUCAAAGCCUGCAUCAUUGACAUGGGAGAUAACCUACUGGUAGACUUCAGACUCUCCAAGGGGGAUGGUCUGGAGUUCAAGAAACACUUCAUGAAGGUGAAGGACAGGAUGAAGGCGGUGAUCCGCAAGGCACCCCCCAUGUGGCCCCUGCAUCCCACCAGAUGAUGUCCCACGAUGUAGCAGUGGUCCCCACCAACAGCAGCGAGCCAGCUGGAUGGCUCGACACUGCUCGACACUGCUCCAACACUAGAUAUAUGAACUCCUCUACAACAUGGUGUUGAAUGUUGCCUCAACAACAGAACCCACAAUGUAGACAGCAGACAGACAGACAGACAGACUAUGUACAGAAGAUACAACAUGUUAGAGUCAGCUCCGGUACUAGGGUGUACAAAUGUAGCGAUACUCCACCAUAAAACCAGGAUGUGCCAAGUCAGACUGGUUCUAGGAUUGACUGCAGGUAUCAGUUAUCUCCCUUGACUUGUGUGUGUUUUGGAACAGAGUCUUCAUUUACCCACAAGAUCUGAAAAAUUUAACAAAUGAUCAACUGGUAUGAAUCUUUAUGAAGUUGCCAGAUAUGUUCACAUAAAUGAGAAUUGGUCUUUGCCUUCUAAACACUUGCAGGUUGUGUACUUACAAUAAACCCAAAUAGGUUAAAAUUUCAAGGGGUUUUAUUGAAGCAAAUUUCCCAUGCACGUCAGCAGGUAUGGACUUGUGCCUACCUUAAUUCUAGAAGUCGUAACAAUAUUUCAACUUUUUCCUUAACGUAUAAUUUAAUGUUUUCUAUGAGCUGGACAGGACACAAAUCCUACCUUGUUGCAGAAGACCCGAGGUUGUUUUGUGUGCCUAGUACUCCCACCC